AUGUUACGCCCUGCGACACCGUUGUCGGUGUUGCUGUUUGCGGCUUUCGUUUUGCUCUUGCUCUCGGUGAUAUCGACCCCUAUUAUCAGCGCUAUCCCCCUCGGUAGCUGGGAAGGAAUCGACUUUGGCGUCUUUGGGUACUGCAGCUCAAGUGGCUGCACCCCCAUUGAGAUCGGAUAUGAUGUCCACUCUCUGCACGCCUCCGACUUCACCCUCUCCGCGGACACCCGUUCCACUCUUUCCAGCCUUCUUAUCGUCCACCCAGUCGCCGGCGCCCUGACGCUGGUCAUGUUCGUCCUCGCCGUUGUCGCUCAUUUCCACAGCCCAUCCCAUUCGCCCAAGUACCUCCUUGUGCUCUUCAUCGUUGGCAUUCUCAACUUCCUCAUCUCUCUCCUGAGCUUCCUGGUCGAUGUUCUCCUCUUUGUCCCCCAUAUCGCCUGGGGCUCGUACCUCGUCCUUGCCGCUACGAUUCUUGUUGCCCUUAGUGGCUUGGUCGCUUGUGCCAUGCGGAGGACCGUGGUCGGCAGGAAGGCGAGGCAGAAGCGCAUUGCACAGAAUGCCGAGAUGAGCGGCGAAAACUACUACAACCGACAAGCCCAGGAAUCCACCGCGCCUGUGGCUUCGUCCUCCGCCUUUUCCCCAACCGUUCCUACUGUCAGCGGCGCCAAUGGCGGCCCCGAUACACUCCCCGAGUUCGCCUCGUUCGACAAACGAGACGACCAGAGCAGUGACGAGAGAAUCCCCCUAACUGCAGCUCGGAGUCCGUCCAGCAGGUCGCAUGGCAGAUUCAACUCGGACCAAACAACCUACGGAAACGACGCUUCCAAUCCAGUCGACGGCGUGGCACUGCGUGCCAUGUCGACUACCCCUGGCACUCGCGACCAGUAUGGGAACCCCUUACCCGCCCAAGAUGGGUAUCCCAUCAGGACGGGCUCGAUUGAGCGCAUUGGCUCGCCGGCUCGCGGCCCUGUGCCUGCUGGCGGGUACCGCGGUCGUGGCGGUUACCCAGGCCCCGGUCGAGGCGGUGGUUAUGGCGGUUAUGGCCCCCAACCUGGUGGACGUGGUGGUUAUGGGCCGCCCGGUCGUGGUGGUUACGGUUCACCCGGCGGCCGGGGAGGCUACGGACCCCCUCCGCGUGGUUACGGCGGCGGUUCCAUGAGGGGCGGGCGUACUCCGCCCCCGCCCACUUACCAAGGGUCACAAGGCCCAUAUGACAGACGUGGCCCGCCUCCGGGUCCUUACGGAGCAGGGCAACAUGGUGCAGGACUAUCGCCCGGCCCAUCGUCUGCCUCGGGUGGCUAUCAAUCUGUGUCCAACCUCUCAUCUAGCGGUUACGAGGCCUAUACCCCGAGCAGGGAGGAGCUUCCCCGGGCUGAGUCUCCCCCUCCCCUCCCCGGAAUCGACGAUAGCGUCGACCCUCCCCGGGCGGUCGAGAUGGAUGCAUCCGCCAACCGCCCGGCCGGUGGUCAAGGGCCUGCUGGGCAGCAGUACCACAUCCGGGAUAGUGACUCGGAUGUCGCUGGCAUGUUGGCCCUCCAACAGGCUCGGACUUCGGAGGCGGACCGCCACAUGAGCGGUACCUCAAGCAAAUACAGCCAGGAAGACAACUACGUACCGCCGCGCCAGGGAUGGACCCAAGGACUGAGCGGAAACUCCCCCCGCGUGCCCUCCCCCUUGAACACCCGCCGCCCCCCACAGCAGUCGGCCGCCCCCCCCGCUGGUGAGUACUACGAAGACGUGGACCCCCGCUUCGCCGAGCCCUCCUCCUCUGUUCCGGCCCAGGUCCAGAAACCCGCGACGGCCGCUCUCAGCACCGCGACUAACGCCUACGAGGACGCUCCUCCCCCGCAGGGUUCCCUUAGUCCCGCGGCCUCAGAACGUUCCACAUUCACCUCCAUCUCCCAACGAGGCGUGAACCCACGUUGGAAUCCUGCCCCACCACCACCUCUCCCUCUCCCACACACCAGAGGAGCACAACCCCCACCACCAACAUCAACAACAAGAACAGCCGUGCCCCGACGGCCACUGCCCCCCGCCGCGGCGGCAGCGCCAGCAGCAGCAGCAGCACCCAACCCAACCGACCUCCUUCUCGAUUCCAACCCUGAUUUCGGACUUCCCAGUCGCGGCGGUGCAUCCAGGUCUUAG